CAAUGAUCAGUUGAGGAAGGUUAACUUUCGGAACCCAACCUUUCGUACUGAAGACGUAUUAACGGUUUGUAUACUAGACAGGACUUAAAAUGUCUAUUCGACCGGUAUAUCGACCGAAAAUUGUGAAGAAAAGGACGAAGAAGUUUAUUAGACAUCAAAGUGAUAGAUAUGAUAAACUCAAGCGUAACUGGCGUAAACCAAAAGGUAUUGACAACAGAGUCCGUAGGCGAUUUAAGGGUCAAUAUUUGAUGCCUAACAUUGGUUAUGGUAGCAACAAGAAGACGCGUCAUAUGCUACCAACUGGCUUCCGAAAAGUUCUUGUACAUAAUGUAAAGGAAUUGGAAGUCUUAAUGAUGCAGAACCGCAAGUUUUGUGCAGAGAUUGCACACGCUGUGAGCAGUAAAAAAAGAAAAUCCAUUGUAGAGCGUGCUCGACAGCUCUCAAUACGUGUGACAAAUGCUAGCGCACGCUUGCGUUCGGAAGAAAAUGAAUAAGCGUGCUUUCAUGUAUUUUGGCAAUAAAAUAUUAAAAACAUA